CCGGAAGCCAAUGGCCAGGGAAGGUCGUCCCGCGAGCGAGUUUGUUGUACCUGCGUCCCUCCUGAUGCCAUGGGCAGCCGAGAACUGUCUUCCACAUGAAUGGGCUUGUAAAGACUCAUAUUACCUGAGGAGGAAGGUCAAAAGAGGAUGAAGAGGAAAGAAAAGGAAUCAGGAAUGGCUGUCACUCAGGGACUGCUGACUUUCAGGGAUGUGGCCAUAGAAUUCUCUCAAGAGGAGUGGAAAUGCCUGGACCCUGCUCAGAGGGCUUUAUACAUGGAUGUGAUGUUGGAGAACUACAGGAACUUGGUCUCCUUGGGAAACUCUUUUUUUGACCUGAGUGUUAUCUCUUUGUUGGAGCAAGGGAAAGAGCCCUGGACUGUGAAGAGCCAAGUGAAAAUAGCAAGAAACCCAAAUGGGUGGGAAUGGAUCAAAGCUGUGGACCCAGAUCUCUCUCCUAAAUGUAUGUUUAAGGAAUUACUAUCAAAAAAGAAUAAUAAUAAAGAAGUAUUGCAAACAUUGAUGUUGGAAAGACGUAAAGACCAUGACACUGAAGAUUUUUACUUUAGAGAAAUCCAGAAAAAUACAUAUGUCUUUGAGUGUCAGAGGAGAGAUGAUGAAAGAAAUUACAAGGGAGAGCUGAUGACCCAGAAAGAAAAUCUCAUUAGUAGAAGAUAUCAACAUGAUAGAAAAGAUGCAGAAAACAAGCCUUUUAAGAAUCAGCUUGGUUUAAGCUUUCCAUCACAUCCGCCUGAACUGUGGUUAUUUCCAGGUAAAGGGAAGACUUAUGAAUGUAAUCAAGUUGAGGAGUCUGUCAACCAUGGUGCCUCAGUUUCACCACUCCAAAGAAUUCCUAACGGUAUUAAAACCCACAUUUCUCAUAAAUAUCGGACUGAUUCUAUCUAUUCUCCAUUAUUCAUACAAGAACAGAAAGCACUCAUUAAAGGAAAGUCUUAUAAAUAUAACAAAUGUGGCAAAGCUUUUAAUCACAUCUCACAUCUCACUAUACAUCAGAUAAUGCAUACCAGAAAGAAACCAUGUAAAUGUGAUAUUUGUGGCAAGGUCUGCAGUCAAAAAUCAAACCUUGCAAAUCAUCAAAGAAUCCAUACUGGAGAGAAAUCUUACAGAUUUAGUAAGUGUGACAAAGUCUUUAGUAUGCAUUCAAGCCUUUCUGACAGUCAGGUAACCCAUAGAGAAAUACCUUACAAAUGUAAUGAAUGUGGCAAGGUCUUCAGUCAAAAUUCAAACCUUUCACGUCACAGGAAAAUUCAUACUGGAGAGAAACCUUACAAAUGUCAUGAGUGUGGUAAGGCUUUUUUCAGACGUGAAUAUCUUGUUGUGCAUGAGAAAAAUCAUAUUGGAGAGAAACCUUACAAAUGUAGUGAAUGUGGCAAGGUCUUCAGUUAUAGUUCACACCUUGCACGUCAUCAGGUAAUCCACACUGGAGAGAAACCUUACAAAUGCGAUAACUGCGGCAAAGCCUUUAGUGAACGUUCAGUCCUUAGUAAACAUCAGAGGAUCCAUACUGGAGAGAAACCUUAUGAAUGUAAUGAAUGUGGCAAGGUCUUCAGCCAAAAUUCAAGCCUUGCAAGGCAUUAUAGAAUUCAUACUGGAGAAAAACCUUACAAAUGUAAUACGUGUGGCAAAGCCUACUGUGAGCUUGCAGGCCUUAGUAAACAUCAGGUAAUUCAUACUGGAGAGAAACCUUACAAAUGUAAUGAGUGUGGCAAAUCCUUCAGUUACAGUGCAAGCCUUGCAUCCCACUGGCGAAUUCAUACUGGAGAGAAACCUUAUGUGUGUAAUCAGUAUGGCAAGGCCUUUAAUCAGCACUCACUCACAACACAUCAGUGAAUGUAUACUGGAGAGAAAUUUUCCAAAUGUAAUGACUGUGAUAAAGUCUUUCUUUGUCGUCCCUCGGUAUCCGCAGCUGAGGAUUGUUUCCAGGACCCCCUCAGAUACCGAAAGCGAGGAUGUUCAAGUCCCUCCUAUAAAAUGGGACUGCUGACUUUCAGGGAUGUGGCCAUAGAAUUCUCUCAAGAGGAGUGGAAAUGCCUGGACCCUGCUCAGAGGGCUUUAUACAUGGAUGUGAUGUUGGAGAACUACAGGAACUUGGUCUCCUUGGGAAACUCUUUUUUUGACCUGAGUGUUAUCUCUUUGUUGGAGCAAGGGAAAGAGCCCUGGACUGUGAAGAGCCAAGUGAAAAUAGCAAGAAACCCAAAUGGGUGGGAAUGGAUCAAAGCUGUGGACCCAGAUCUCUCUCCUAAAUGUAUGUUUAAGGAAUUACUAUCAAAAAAGAAUAAUAAUAAAGAAGUAUUGCAAACAUUGAUGUUGGAAAGACGUAAAGACCAUGACACUGAAGAUUUUUACUUUAGAGAAAUCCAGAAAAAUACAUAUGUCUUUGAGUGUCAGAGGAGAGAUGAUGAAAGAAAUUACAAGGGAGAGCUGAUGACCCAGAAAGAAAAUCUCAUUAGUAGAAGAUAUCAACAUGAUAGAAAAGAUGCAGAAAACAAGCCUUUUAAGAAUCAGCUUGGUUUAAGCUUUCCAUCACAUCCGCCUGAACUGUGGUUAUUUCCAGGUAAAGGGAAGACUUAUGAAUGUAAUCAAGUUGAGGAGUCUGUCAACCAUGGUGCCUCAGUUUCACCACUCCAAAGAAUUCCUAACGGUAUUAAAACCCACAUUUCUCAUAAAUAUCGGACUGAUUCUAUCUAUUCUCCAUUAUUCAUACAAGAACAGAAAGCACUCAUUAAAGGAAAGUCUUAUAAAUAUAACAAAUGUGGCAAAGCUUUUAAUCACAUCUCACAUCUCACUAUACAUCAGAUAAUGCAUACCAGAAAGAAACCAUGUAAAUGUGAUAUUUGUGGCAAGGUCUGCAGUCAAAAAUCAAACCUUGCAAAUCAUCAAAGAAUCCAUACUGGAGAGAAAUCUUACAGAUUUAGUAAGUGUGACAAAGUCUUUAGUAUGCAUUCAAGCCUUUCUGACAGUCAGGUAACCCAUAGAGAAAUACCUUACAAAUGUAAUGAAUGUGGCAAGGUCUUCAGUCAAAAUUCAAACCUUUCACGUCACAGGAAAAUUCAUACUGGAGAGAAACCUUACAAAUGUCAUGAGUGUGGUAAGGCUUUUUUCAGACGUGAAUAUCUUGUUGUGCAUGAGAAAAAUCAUAUUGGAGAGAAACCUUACAAAUGUAAUGAAUGUGGCAAGGUCUUCAGUUAUAGUUCACACCUUGCACGUCAUCAGGUAAUCCACACUGGAGAGAAACCUUACAAAUGCGAUAACUGCGGCAAAGCCUUUAGUGAACGUUCAGUCCUUAGUAAACAUCAGAGGAUCCAUACUGGAGAGAAACCUUAUGAAUGUAAUGAAUGUGGCAAGGUCUUCAGCCAAAAUUCAAGCCUUGCAAGGCAUUAUAGAAUUCAUACUGGAGAAAAACCUUACAAAUGUAAUACGUGUGGCAAAGCCUACUGUGAGCUUGCAGGCCUUAGUAAACAUCAGGUAAUUCAUACUGGAGAGAAACCUUACAAAUGUAAUGAGUGUGGCAAAUCCUUCAGUUACAGUGCAAGCCUUGCAUCCCACUGGCGAAUUCAUAACAGGGAGAACAUGUGUUUUGAGUGUGGCAAAGCCUUUAGUUUUUGUACAAGCUUUGCUAACCAUCUUUUAGUUUAUACUGGAGAGAAACCUUAUGUGUGUAAUCAGUAUGGCAAGGCCUUUAAUCAGCACUCACUCACAACACAUCAGUGAAUGUAUACUGGAGAGAAAUUUUCCAAAUGUAAUGACUGUGAUAAAGUCUUUCUUUGGCAACCACACCUCACCAUGGAAAAUAACCGUAUUGGAGAGAAACCUUACAAAUAUAAUGAAUGUGGUCAGAUCUUUAGUUGUAAUUUACACUUUGCACAAUAUCAGAAAAUUUAUACUUAAGAGGAACCUUACAAAUGCGAUGAGUGGCAAACCCUCAUCAUGAAUGUAAACAUUAAUCACCAUCAGUGCAGUCGUAUGGGAGGUUUAUUCCUAUCCAUGUUCCUGGAAGAACAAGGAUGCUGCUUUUUAAAAUUAAAUAUUUGGAUCCCUGAACUCACCAGCUGCCAAAAAAAUUAAAUUAAAUAUUGUCUUAAUUAGCAUUUGUGAGAGGCAGAGAAUAGUGUAAACUGAUGUCAGUCAUCAUACUUAUUGCAUUCAUGACAUAGCACCCUUCUCCAGACAGAGGACCACUGUGGGAUAUCAGAAAAGAAUGCUUUUCCAACUGAAUGUGAAAUAGAACAGACCAAGACCUUAGAACACUGAGAUUUUUGUGGGAGGAGAGAAAUAUGGACUGAUUAUGUGGUAGAAAUGAUGCAGGAGAAAUGGUGGCCAACUAUUCUUGAAUGACAAUAGUUGCUGUAUAUCAAAGGUCGAC